UGCCGAUUGAAGCCUGGAUUCCCCGGAAAUGGCGCACUCUAAGACCACCAAGAAGUUUGAGAAGAACAAACUAAAGGAUGUCCUCAAACAUCGGAAAGAACAUGCCAAGGUCAAGCAGAAGCAGCAGAUCAGGACGAAGCGCAAGGAGCGGAACGCAAGAGACAACGCGCCGGCCGAUGGAAUUCAAGAGAAAGCAAGCAAGCCGGCCGAGGCUAGAGGCAAAAAAGGCGCUGACUUCGGGGAUAUGUCCAUGGACCAAUUCUUCCAGGGCGGUUUCCAAGUUCCUGAAAUAAAGAAGAGCGCAGCAAAGCCGAAGACGGGGAAACGAAAGCGUACCCCAAUUGACGAAGAUGGCCCUGCUGACUCCGACGAAGAGAUUGUGGAGCCAGCGCCACUCGAAGACGGUUCUGGGUCCGAUAGUGACUCGGGAGACGAUGUGGACGACCACAAGGAACAGCUCGCAGCCCUACAAAGCAAAGAUCCGGAAUUCUACAAAUACCUCAAGGAGAACGACGCUGAGCUACUCGACUUUGCUGAAGAUGCCGAUUUGGCCGAGGUCGACGCUUUGAGCGAGAGUGAAGAAGAGGGCGUGCCGAGGAAGAAACGAAAGUCAGACAAGGCAGUGAAAGAUGACGAAAGCAUCGAUGGCAGUAACAACGAGGUCACCAGAAAGCUUGUCGAAAAAUGGGGCUCCUCUAUGGACAAAGCGUUUUCGUUGAGAGCAAUGAGGGAGGUUGUGCUCGCAUUUCGCUCCGCGGCACAUCUUAACGAGGACGAUGGGAAAGCCUACAAAUACUCAAUCUCAGAUCCCAAUGCAUACCACGACUUACUCGUGAUUGCACUGCAACAUGUACCAAAAGUGCUCCAGCACCACUUGCCGGUUAAAGAAAGUGCCUCGGGGAAGAUUCGAGUAUCCACGGAUUCAAAGAAAUUUCGUACCUUAACACCGCUCCUCAAAUCCCAUACAGUCUCCAUCCACCACCUACUCGAGAACCUCUCAGACCCUGCUACCUUGCGACUCACUCUCGACUCGCUUCUCUCUCUUCUGCCAUACAUACUCUCUUUCAAGAAGAUAGUGCGCGAAGUAACGAAAACUGUCUCGUCAGUUUGGGCCGAUGCUUCCAAUACAGAAGUCACAAGGCUCGCCGCUUUCUUAGUCCUGCGACGACUGGUUGUCAUUAGUGAUGCCGGCAUCCAAGAAGCAGUCCUGAAACAGACGUACCAAGGGCUGGUGAAAGGGUCUAGGAAUACAACCGUCCACAACAUACAAGGCAUCAAUUUGAUGAAGAAUACUGCCUCCGAACUCUGGGGUCUUGAUGCUAAUGUUGGUUACACGACUGGGUUCGCUUUCAUUAGACAAUUAGCGAUUCAUUUACGCUCAAGCAUUACAAACAAGACCAAGGACUCUUACAAGACGGUCUACAACUGGCAGUACAUCCACUCGCUAGAUUUCUGGUCUCGCGUUGUCUCAGUCUACUGUGAGACUCUCCGCGAAGCUGAAUCUGGCAAAGCAUCCCCGCUUCGGCCAUUGAUCUACCCCAUCGUACAAAUAACACUCGGAGCUCUUCGACUGAUCCCAACUGCACAAUACUUCCCCCUCCGCUUCCAGCUUGCUCGGUCCAUCCUCCGGAUUUCCUCCGCCACUUCAACCUACAUCCCCCUCGCACCCGCCCUAGUCGAAGUCUUUAACUCCGCGGAAAUGAAAAAGCCACCCAAACCCAGCACCCUCAAAGCCUUAGACUUCACCACCUCGAUCCGCGCCACAAAAGCCUAUCUCCGGACACGAAUUUAUCAGGACGGGGUUGGGGAGCAAGUCUCCGAACUCCUCUCUGAAUUCUUCGUCCUAUGGGCUAAGAAUAUCGCGUUCCCCGAACUGGCAUUACCUGUAAUUGUCAUUCUGAAGCGAUGGGUCAAAGCCAUGAGUAAGAAGAGCGGGAAUCGGAAUGCAAAGAUUAAUUCGAGUUUCGCACUGUUGGUGCAAAAGCUUGAAUCUAAUUCAAAGUGGAUUGAGGAGAAGAGAGCCAAGGUUGAAUUUGCGCCUAAUGAUCGUGCUGGCGUUGAAGGGUUUCUUAAGGAUGUUGAGUGGGAGAAGAGUCCGUUAGGGGCGUAUGUGAGUGGGCAGAGGAAGGCGAGAGAGCAGAAAGCCAAGAUGCUAGAGGCAGCGAGAAAGACGGAGGACAGGAAACGAAAAGAGGCCGAAGAGACGGAGGGUCUUGAGAACGGAGAGGAUUUUGGUGGGUCGAGUGAUGAGGAUGAAGGGGAUGCGGAAAUGGAUGAGAUGAGCGCAGAUGAGUCGGUAGAGGAGGGCGAGUAGACAAUUGUAAGUAGAUUUUCAGCGUGUUUAAUACCAAAAGAUAUAGCUUAAUGCUCAUCUCUCUUCCUCCUCACUGUUUCUCCGACAGCUUUCCCUAGAGCAUCCGCACAGCAAACUCAACACCACCGCAUAAGCAUCGUCAUCUCUCCAAGUUACGCCUCGGAAAUUUUCAAAAGAAUGCGGCAGCGGUUACUUUGCUUUUGUCGGCUUAGCUCGGCCUCGGCGACAUAUGGCCCGGCGGAUUCCCAUUUGUGGAGAUUCCAUGACGAUGGAG